UUAGGAGGCGAGGCAUGAGUCAGGGGUUUGCAAGCUGCCCCUGGGGCGAAGGAGCGAGAACCGGGUGCUGUUAGAGCGGGUGUGAGCUCAGCUGAUCGCAGAGGGCACCAGUGGCUGCAGGAGUUCCUGGAGGGACCCCACGUCUCGUGAGCAGCCCCCUCUGGGGAGGACCAGGAGAUCACAGGAUGCCCGGGGCCUCACUCAACCUGUGCCUGUUCUCUGCAGGGACCCGCAGUGCGGGUUAUGCUGGGGGCUCAGAUCCCUGUGGAUAAUCAGACAAUCAGGACAGCGCCAUGGGGGAUUUGCAGGAGGAUUACGAAGAGGGGCUGGAAGAAAUUCUAGAGCAGGACGAGUAUGAAGAUCCAGGUGUUCCUGUGUCCCAGGAGGAGGAGCCAGAAGCUCACCCCACCGAGUCAACAGCCACAGACUACCACACCACACUGCAACCAGACACCCACGAGGUCUACGUGGAGCUGCAGGAACUGGUGAUGGACGAGAAGAACCAGGAGCUACAAUGGAUGGAGGCAGCGCGCUGGGUGCGGCUGGAGGAGAACCUGGGGGAGGACGGGGCCUGGGGCCGCCCGCACCUGUCGUACCUCACCUUCUGGAGCCUCCUGGAGCUGCAGCGAGCCUUCACUAAGGGGACUGUCCUCCUGGAUCUGCCAGAGACCUCCCUGGCUGGAGUGGCCAACCAGCUGCUGGACGGGUUUAUCUAUGACGAGCAGAUCCGGCCUCAGGACCGAGAGGAGCUGCUCCGGGUCCUGCUACUCAAACACAGCCAUGCUAAAGACCUAGAGGCCCUGGGGGGUGUCAAGCCCACGGUCGUGACCCGCUCCGGGGACCCCUCACAGCCUCUGCUCCCCCAACGCCCCUCGCUGGAGACUCAGCUAUUCUGUGAACAGGGAGAGGGGAGCAAAGAAGGCCGCUCACCUUCUGGAAUUUUGGAAAAGAUCCACCCGGAUUCCGAGGCGACCCUGGUGCUUGUGGGCCGAGCCACCUUCCUGGAGCGGCCCGUACUGGGCUUUGUGCGGCUGCAGGAGGCCGCGGCGCUGGAGGACGCGGUGGAGCUGUCCGUGCCCGUGCGCUUCCUCCUUGUGUUGCUGGGCCCCGAGACCUCGCACACUGACUACACCCAGCUGGGCCGGGCUGCUGCCACCCUCAUGUCAGAGAGAGUGUUCCGCCUGGAUGCGUACCUGGCCCAGAGUCGGGAAGAGCUGGCGCGCUCCCUGGAGGGCUUUCUGGACUGCAGCCUGGUGCUGCCUCCGUUGGACGCCCCCUCGGAGCAGGCCCUACUCAGCCUGGUGCCUGUGCAGAGGGAGCUGCUGCGAAGACGCUACCUGCCCAGCGCUGCCAAGCCGGACCCCAGCUUCUACAAAGGCCUAGAUUUAAAUGGAGGGGUCCCUGCUGGCCCGGACGACCCUCUGCAACGAACAGGCAUGCUCUUCGGGGGCCUGGUGCGUGACAUAAAGCGUCGCUACCCUCGCUACUUGAGUGACAUCACGGAUGCACUCAGCCCCCAGGUCCUGGCUGCCGUCAUCUUCAUCUACUUUGCUGCCCUGUCACCUGCCAUCACGUUCGGCGGCCUCCUGGGAGAGAAGACCCAGAACCAGAUGGGGGUGUCGGAGCUGCUCAUCUCUACAGCGGCGCAGGGCAUUCUCUUCGCCCUGCUGGCGGCUCAGCCCCUGCUUGUGGUUGGCUUCUCGGGACCCCUGCUGGUGUUUGAGGAAGCAUUCUUCUCGUUCUGCGACAGGAAUAACCUGGAGUACAUCGUGGGUCGUGUGUGGAUCGGCUUCUGGCUCAUCCUAAUGGUGGUGCUGGUGGUGGCCUUCGAGGGCAGCUUCCUGGUCCGCUUCAUCUCCCGCUACACCCAGGAGAUCUUUUCCUUCCUCAUCUCCCUCAUCUUCAUUUACGAGACGUUCACCAAGCUGAUCAAGAUCUUCCAGAGCCACCCGCUGCAGAAGCAUUACCAGCACAAUGUGACGCUAGAGCCCAAACCUCAGGCGCCCCUGCCCAACACAGCCCUCCUCUCCCUUGUGCUCAUGGCUGGCACCUUCUUCUUUGCCAUGAUGCUGCGCAAGUUCAAGAACAGCUCCUACUUCCCUGGCAAGCUGCGACGGGUCAUUGGGGACUUUGGGGUUCCCAUCUCCAUCCUGAUCAUGGUCAUAGUGGAUUUCUUCAUCCAGGACACCUACACCCAGAAACUCAGCGUGCCCACAGGCCUUAAGGUGUCCAAUUCCUCGGCCCGGGGCUGGAUCAUCCACCCACUGGGUUUGUAUUCCGAGUUCCCCAUCUGGAUGAUGUUUGCCUCCGCUCUGCCGGCACUGCUGGUCUUCAUCCUCAUCUUCCUUGAGUCCCAGAUCACUACGCUGAUUAUCAGCAAACCAGAGCGCAAGAUGGUCAAGGGCUCCGGCUUCCACCUGGACCUGCUGCUGGUCAUUGGCAUGGGGGGGUUGGCCACUCUCUUUGGGAUGCCCUGGCUCAGUGCCACCACUGUGCGUUCUGUCACCCAUGCCAAUGCCCUCACCGUCAUGGGCAAGGCCAGCUCACCAGGGGCUGCAGCCCAGAUCCAGGAGGUCAAGGAGCAGCGGAUCAGCGGGCUCCUGGUCUCUGUGCUUGUGGGCCUGUCCAUCCUCAUGGGGCCCAUCCUGUCGCACAUCCCCCUGGCUGUGCUGUUUGGCAUCUUCCUCUACAUGGGGGUCACGUCCCUCAGCGGCAUCCAGCUCUUUGACCGCAUCUUGCUUCUCUGCAAGCCGCCCAAGUACCACCCGGAUGUGCCCUACGUCAAGCGGGUAAAGACCUGGCGCAUGCACUUGUUCACGGGCAUCCAGAUCGUCUGCCUGGCAGUGCUGUGGGCAGUGAAAUCCUUCCAGGCCACCUCGCUGGCCCUGCCCUUCAUGCUCAUCCUCACAGUGCCUCUGCGCCGGCUCCUGCUGCCACUUAUCUUCAGGAAGCUGGAGCUCCAGUGUCUGGAUGCUGACGACACCAAGGCAACCUUUGAUGAGGAGGAAGGUCGGGAUGAAUACGACGAGGUGCCCAUGCCCGUGUGAGAGGAUGGCCCGGGCCUCAGACCUCUCCCCAUGCCACUGCUCCACUUUAUCGGGAAAAGCAGAAGUUCAGGGGUACCUCGUGGAUGCCCAGGUCCCUCCUGGGCGGCAUCUGAGGCUCUGGGUGGGGGAAGAAAGGGGUGUCUCGGAAACCUUCCACGAUGGGUAGACUGGCUCUUCUGGCUAGAAAUGGCCAGUGGAGCCCACGUUAGGGCAUGCACUGUGCAGGCCCUCCUGCACUGCCGCAUGGGGACACCUGCUGGGACACAGAUCUGAGCCCCACUUCCCAUGGCACAGACCUGGGUAAUAGCGAGGGAGUGAGGUAGGAGGGUGGGUUCAAGCUCCUGCUUGCUGUGUGACCUUGAGCAACUCACUUAUCCCCUCCAGCCUCUGCUCCCUCUUCUGUAAAAUGGGUAUAUCAAUAAUAAUACCCACAUUACAGGAUGGUUACUAAAAACCAAAGAUAAAUGUGAACAAAGGGCUUUGUCAACUCUGAAA